AUGGCGUCGAGAAGGAUUCUCAAGGAGCUCAGGGAGUUGCAGAGAGACCCUCCAACUUCAUGUAGUGCAGGUCCAGUGGGUCAAGACAUGUUUCACUGGCAAGCAACCAUAAUAGGACCAAAUGAUAGUCCUUAUUCUGGUGGUGUAUUUCAAGUUGCCAUUCAUUUUCCCCCUGAUUAUCCAUUUAAACCACCCAAGGUAGCCUUCAGGACUAAAGUAUUUCACCCAAACAUUAACAAUAAUGGGAAUAUAUGUUGGAUAUUUGAUAUCCUCAAGGAUCAGUGGAGUCCAGCUCUCACCAUAUCUAAGGUUCUUCUUUCAGUAUGCUCUUUGCUAACAGAUCCAAACCCAGAUGAUCCUUUGGUUCCUGAAAUAGCCCACAUGUACAAAACCGAUAGGCCCAAAUACGACUCAGUGGCUCGGUCCUGGACUCACAAGUUUGCAAUGUGUUGA